AUGCGAACAUUUGUCUCCAUAGCCCAGCAUGCAUGGGGAAUUUUUGUAUCCGAAAGGAAGCCUGGCUGGAAGUAUCUGAUGCAGCUUUUUGCAGUUUGCUCUGCAGUUGGCUUCCUCUCAAGCUUUCUCUUAUUCCUUGGCAUGCACUUCUCCCUGGCACACCACACUUUGGGUCCCUUACUGAUUUCUGGAUUGAUCUGGAUUUCGCUUUCUAUCGUGCUCUCCUGUUUCAAGCACCUGCGCUGUUUUAGUGUCCUGUUCCUUCUUUCUUGUGGACUGCAAAAUGGCAGGGAUGCUCUUAUUACUGCUGGCACAGGUGUCGUGGUGGCCGGCAACGUCCAAAAUAUUUUUCACAACCUAAAAGUUCUGGCAGAUAGUAUAACCUGUCAUUUAGAGUAUGAGCAGUUUGCCUUGAUAAAAUAUUAUGUUGAGGCAGUAAAAUGGAUUUACAAUGCGGCCAAGCUUUCCACUGAAUUAUCUAAACACAUAGUGUUCCUAAGUCAUGAAUUCACACCAUCUUAUUCAAUUUCAGAUGAUGCAUUAAAACAAGAGCUAAAUGACACAAAGCAAGAAAUCCAGAAAGUUGCUAACCAGAUAUCUUUUAUGCUGACUAUACUGCCCUAUAUAGGCCAGCAAGUACUGCCUAUAGUGGGGAUUUUUCUAGCUUCUUUUGCAACUGGCCUCUUUAUCAAAAAAUUUGUGGGCUCUCACAGUGCCAAAUUUAAGAACACUUACAUCACAAAACAGUUCAUCGUGUUUGAUGAGCACCAAAAGCAACAGCAAAGACCCUGUCUUCUGCCACUUAACAGAAAAGAAAGAAAAGAUUAUGUGACAAUCCCAUCUUUCUGCCUCACAAGGAAGGACAGAAAAAACAUGCAGUAUUUUUUUCUCCCUGUAAUCAUUCAUCUUUGCAUCUGGCUUCUGUUUGCUGCAGUAGAUUAUUUGUUUUAUUGGUUAAUUAUUUCUGUGAAUAAACACCUCCAAGAAGUACCGGAUCUAGAGAUUCGACUCAGCCUCUUUCAGCAAGUAA